AUGGCUGCAUUCUUGUCGGCUUAUUGGGUAAAGUUCUUCAAAGGAGCUGGAUUUCCUCAAGAUGUGGCCACUAAACAUGCAGUUGUAUUCUCAAACAAUCGUAUAAAACCCGAUAUGUUGCCAGAUUUGGAUAAACCUAGUCUCAAAGAAAUGGGUAUCACAUUAAUGGGAGAUAUGAUCGCUAUAUUGAGAUAUGCCAAGAAAGUAGUGGAAGAAACAACCUGUGAGAGAUUUUUAGUUGAUUCGGAAGAUGGCGUUCCAACUCCAAAGGUUUCUGUAUCAAAACCUAUUAUGAAAAAAAUGAGCAAGGAUAUUGGAAAUAAGAUUAUGAUUUUAGCAGCAUCUAAAACAGAUUCUACAAAAAAGAUAGUUAAACCUUUAUCUGCAACAAAAAAGGUUGUAACUGUAAAGAAACCUAUUUCUGCUCCAGUUACUACUAAUGCUGUUAAUCAAAAACCAAUAUCCGUCAAAAGAAAAUUGGCAUCAGAAGAAGUAUAUGAAGACAAUGAUCAAGAUAGUUGGGAUAUCUCAGAGAAAAAAAUAAAAACGACGAAUGGUAGUGAAGACAAUAUCGAAUACACUGUCACGACACCGAAAGUAACAACCGUGAGAACUCAAGUACUUAAAAAACCUAUUGAACAAAAACGAACAGUAUUUGAUAGAUUAGGCGAUAGCUCGGUCACGAGCACAACUAAUUUAGUUGAUACAACGCCUACUUUCAAUAUUACUGGAGUCAGUAAAGAUGUAUUUAAGAGAUCUAGUAAUGUUUUUAAGCGUCUUGGUGACAUAGAUGUUAAGAAAGACCAAACAAUUACUGCAGGAAUACUUAAGAAUGGGUCUAGCACUAUCAGUACACAAGGCAUACUGAAAAAUCGAACAUCACCUAGUGUACGCACAUCAAUUAUAAUGACAAAGAGAGUCACGCCUAAAAUUAUCGGCACUAUGCAUGCUGAUCACGAAGUUAACAAGAAAAUUACUUUGAAUAAUACAAAUCGUAUACUGAAGUUAAAAAAGGAACUACCUACUGUUAAAUCGAAAACCGAAGGUAUUACCAAACAAGUAUCUACAAUUACAUCGGGCAAGUUAGCUUCAGAACGACUUGUUUCAAUACCAGCUAAAGCACGCUUGGGCACAACCACUGCCAAACAAGUAACUUUUAGUAAAGUGGCAACAGUGACACAUGUCAAAAGGGCAGAUGUUUUCAGCCGCUUGGGUAUUUAAGUUGGGCUUGAUACCCCCCUCCCCCUCCCCCUAUCAAUCUCAAACAAGCAAUUGAACUGUUAUUUGUAUAAAGUUAGAAUUUU